AAUGUCUUUGGAUUGGAGAUUUCGAGUGGCCAGCGGGGAUGCGACCUCUCGUAAACUUUCCUUUAAGGUUGCGUUAACAAAAUCCAACCAGAAUACUCAGCAUAAUCCAACUUAUAAAACUCACCAUCGGAUUAACGCCUCAGACACAUCUCAACUCUCAGCAUUACCCUUAAGUAAAAAUACCAAUAAACUAAGUAAAAGCACAUAUCAUCAUGUUCAUCCUCCAGAACAAAAAGCGAAUAUCGCUAAUAUGCAACUUCCUCAUCUUCAUGGUUCUCAUCACAGUAAAUCCGAAGGGCUUCCUCAUCUGCAAAAACAGAACGCCAGUCAACCGUCAUUUAACAUUAAUAAAUCUCAUAAAGAAUGGAAUAAGACUGAUCAUAAUACGUCAAAUAGUCCCCAACAAUCUAUGACGCCUGCUGAAUGCUUAAAACAGUUCAGACAUCGAUUGACUGUGUUUGAACAAUCAGAAAUACUUGAUUAUCCUGAUGUAUUCUUCCUUGGUUUAGAUGCUAAAAAAAUCGACGGUGUCCAAGGACAAGGACAAAAUAACGGAUACGACGACGAAAAUGGAUCAUACUUGAAAGUUAUGCAUGACCACUUAGCCUAUAGAUAUGAAAUGUUGGAAGUUCUUGGAAAAGGAUCGUUUGGCCAAGUUGUUAAAUGUAUUGAUCAUAAAACAGGAGGUAUAGUAGCUGUGAAGAUAAUCCGUAAUAAAAAGCGAUUUCAUCACCAAGCGCUAGUAGAAGUUAAGAUAUUAGACGCAUUAAGAAGAAAAGACAAAGAUAAUGGUCAUAACGUAAUACAUAUGGGAGAAUAUUUCUAUUUUAGGAAUCAUCUCUGCAUAACUUUUGAGCUUAUGGGAAUCAACUUAUAUGAAUUAAUUAAGAAAAAUAAUUUUCAAGGGUUUAGCUUGUCUUUAAUCCGAAGAUUUGCAAUUAGUUUGUUGAUAUGUAUGCGCCAUCUACACGCAGAAAAGAUUAUACAUUGCGAUUUAAAACCUGAAAAUAUCCUAUUGAGGCAACGAGGUCAAAGUUCAAUAAAAGUAAUAGAUUUUGGUUCAUCUUGUUACGAACAUCAGCGAGUGUACACAUACAUUCAAUCUCGAUUUUAUCGUUCACCAGAAGUUAUACUUGGUCUUCCUUAUUCUAUGCCUAUUGAUAUGUGGUCAUUGGGUUGUAUUUUAGCUGAAUUAUACACAGGUUACCCUUUGUUCCCGGGAGAAAAUGAGGUUGAACAGCUGGCCUGUAUAAUGGAAAUAUUCGGUCUUCCACCUCAAAAUGUUUUGGAUCAAGCCUCAAGACGCAGAUUAUUUUUCGAUUCGAAAGGUUGCCCAAGAACAAUAACAAACAGUAAGGGUAAAAAGAGGAGACCGUCUACAAAAGACUUGGCUUCUGUUCUUAAAACGAAUGAUGCAAACUUUCUCGAUUUUUUAAGGCGAUGUCUCGAAUGGGAUCCUGUGAAAAGAAUGACUCCUGAUGAAGCUAUGGAUCACGAUUGGAUACGAGAAGGAAUCCAAAAUAAAAUGAGAUCUAACAAUGCACCGCCUCCAGCUCAGUCGCGUAUUCAACAAUCUCGUCUUAUCAGGAAAGCAGAGCACAAACAACUCGUAUUGAGAGAUCGAACGAAUAUUGAUGAUAAAUGGAAUAAAGACAAAACGAUUAAAACGAAUACGCAUACUCAAGAAAGACUUCAGCCUAUAGGCGCAUCAGCAGAGCAUAAAUUUGACGAAAGUAGACCCACAACUCAGGGGAAAAAGUCAUCUCUAGCAAAGGUUGAAAGAAAUUCCCUAAAAUCGGGUUCAAUGGAGAGUGAAGAACAAAAAUUUUUACCGCCUAUAGCGGGAAAAUAA